UCCCUUCCUCUCCCUCGGAUAUGUCCCCGUCUUCUUUCAUCCUUUCGUUUUCUUCCCUCUUCCUUUAGGAAAUUGGAUAUGAUAUUGUGGCUGAUCGGGCUGGAAGGAAGGCGACGAUAGGGGGUGUGCUCUGCCAGCCACAGCCCUACACGUGUUACUGCAAACUGCGUCACUUGGACCGCUGCAGACCACCAACCAGUAUUACCGUCUUGGAUUGAUAGGAUCUCUCCACUGGGAUGUUACUGUUUCCAUUGCUCAGCCCUCCAAGGUGGUCGCAAAGGGCACGUUCUGGUGCCCACCCAGCUUGGCAUGCAACUUUGAUGCAGAAAUGAGAGCCAAGAUGUACACUUAGGGGCAUCGUCCAUGCAGGACUUGGCAGUUCAUCUCCAGGGAACACUUCUAAGGAGAUACUUAUGGAGCUGCAGAGACAUUCCAAGUUUACAGAGGAUCCCCGUAGGCCAGCCAAAACCAUGGAACGCUCCUCUCCGCAAGACUCAAGUAACUUGGGGCACAUCAAGCUGGAACUGGAGGAUGAGGGAGGGGAAGUCCAAAUUUCACCUCCUAAACUGUCUCGCCCACCAGUGCCUUCUCCCGCGGGUGCCCUUCUUCAGGGUUUGAACAGGUUGCCCGGACUAAGCAAACAGGCCCACAUUCAUGUGGGGACAACCGGCAUGGAACAAGGAGAAACCUCUCGCCUGGAGCGCUGCGUGUUGAUUGACAGCCAGGGGCUCCCAUCCACGGUACUGGUAGAAGAGGGGGUGGGGUCAGCGGAGGCGACUGCAGGAGGCACAGAGGGUGGAGGGAGUGGGGGGUCCUCGCAUAAGGUGUACUGCUGUCCAGUGUGUUCGCGAACGUUUGAGUACCUGUCUUACCUGCAGCGCCACAGCAUCACCCACUCGGAAAACAAGCCUCACAGGUGCCGAACGUGUGGUAAGGCCUUCAAGCGCGCAUCCCACUUGGAACGCCACAAAUACACCCACUCUGGCCGUAAGCCCUAUGAAUGCCCCAUCUGCCAUCGAAGUUUCCGUGACUCUGGGGAGCUCUUUCACCACCAGUGGCUGCACACGGGCAGCUGGCCCUACAAAUGUGAAGCAUGCCACAUGCGCUUCGUCGAGCGCAACACUCUUCAGAGGCACGUCCUCCGGAAGCACCGUCUACAGCUCCCCCCGACACCGUAGAGACUGGCCUUCUGGGAUGUAGACCCCACUGCCUGUCCAGACCUCAGGAAUCUACUUCCUGGGACUU